AUGCUAGUGGCUCGUGGCACAAUCUAUGAGACAGCCACUGUAGUGCAUGGGGUACAACUAGCAGAAGAUGAGGUCAAGGUCACGGUGGAUGAUGUUGUUGUAGCAGAUGCCAUUCUUCCUCUCCCUACAAUUGAGUUCAUGACUGUGGAAGAUGCAUUUAAGUCCUUCGUUGCCUGGCCUAGACCUUUGGUUGGUGAUGUACCUGACCCCCCGCAGACAGGUCAAGAGAGAGGUCCUACACCGAAGAAGCCUCAUUUAUCUGAGGACGACCCUCUUGGUGCGUUAGACGAGCUUGCUAACAUCAUUUCAGAAGAGCCNAUGAUUGUACAAUGGGAUUCUACUUUAUUUGGAAGAGAAACNAAUAUUCCAUUGUACUUGCAUCAAGAAGANGUUAGUGAGCUUGUGUCGGGGAGAGAAGAAAUUAACAUUACACUCAUUCAACUGUGGAUGAUGUUUAUGUCUGGUGUUAGUAACAAGAAGGGCUUCAAUGAUGUAUAUGGGUUCAUUGACCCCUCUAUGACUCAUGAAAGAAAUAAAUUUGAUGAUAUCCAAUCAUACAUCACCACCUGCUUUGCAAUGGGGAAGGAGAUAUAUUUUCUCCCUUAUAUACUUGGUUCCCUUGCAACACAUAUGAUGUUAUCUGGGAGAUCUACUGCUACAGCUAAAAAGCUCUUAUGGGUUCCCCUUAAGUGUAAUAGACAAACAGGGUCAUAUGAAUGUGGUUACUACGUCAUGUUUUGGAUGAUGACCACUAUUCGUGCACGUUACACUAGUGGAUGGGAAACG